AUGCCGGUUUUGCUUAUGGGGAAAUCUGGUUCUGGUAAAACCAGUAUGCGCAGCAUUAUAUUUGCCAAUUAUAUCGCUAGAGACACGAGAAGAUUAGGGCCAACAAUGGACGUCGAACACACUCAUCUCCGUCUUCUUGGUGGACUUGUUUUGAAUUUAUGGGACUGUGGUGGACAAGAAGGUUUUAUGGAAAGCUACUUCGUCAACCAAAGAGAAAAUAUUUUUCGAAACGUGGAAGUCCUAAUAUACGUAUUUGAUGUUGGGACCAAUGAUCACCAGCACGAUCUGGCAAACUAUCGGUCAUGUCUGGAAGCCAUAGGUCAAAAUUCUCCUGAAGCAAAAAUAUUUUGUCUUGUCCAUAAAACAGAUCUUCUUACUAACGAAUCUAAGGACACGGUUUUUCAAAGUUGGAAAGCUGAACUAGAGAAAUACACUGAUCCUAUAGUUUGCACUUGUUUUGCCACUUCCAUAUGGGACGCAUCUCUAUACAAAGCAUGGUCAAAAAUAGUGUAUCAACUUAUUGCGAAUAUUGAGGCCUUAGAGGCAAGUCUGCGACAGCUCUGUGAACUGCUUGAGGCUGAUGAGGUUAUUCUAUUUGAGCGAGCAACAUUUUUAGAAAUCACUUGCAGCUCACGAAGAUCCUAUCCAGAUGAACACAGGUGA